GUGACUUUAACUUGGCGCCUUUUUAUGUUUGCAACAAGCAAUUUUCCGCCACUUGUGAAAUAAAGCAGCCAACAUGUUGAAGAAUAAAUCUAUAAAAACAUCCAAGUUAUAUGUUAUCAAAAGAGAUGGCCGGAAGGAGGAGGUACAUUUUGAUAAAAUAACCUCAAGAAUACAGAAGCUUUGCUACAACUUGAACAUGGAUUUUGUCGAUCCUGUUUCAAUUACUUUGCAAGUUAUCAAUGGUCUGUACUGCGGGGUGACUACUCAGGAACUGGACAACUUGGCUGCUGAGAUUGCAGCCGGAUUAACAUGCAAUCAUGCGGACUAUGCCAUUUUGGCUGCUCGCAUUGCAGUUUCCAAUUUGCACAAGGAGACGAAGAAGGUUUUUUCCGAUGUCUUUGAGGAUCUGUACAAUCAUGUGAAUAAGGAAACGAACCAGAAGGUUCCCUUGGUCUCUGAAUUCCACUAUAAUGUGGUGAAAAACAACGCCACUCGCUUGAACUCCUCCAUAAUCUAUGAUCGUGACUUUGGGUACAACUAUUUUGGGUUUAAAACCCUCGAACGUUCCUACCUGUUGAAGAGAAACGGAAAGAUCGCCGAGCGUCCGCAGCACAUGUUGAUGCGCGUGGCGAUCGGAAUCCACGGAGAGGACAUCGAUGCGGCCGUGGAGACCUACAACCUCCUGUCGGAGCGGUUCUUCACCCACGCCUCGCCAACCCUUUUUGCCGCUGCCACAAAUCGGCCUCAGCUGUCGUCGUGUUUUCUGCUGACCAUGACGGCCGACUCGAUCGAGGGCAUCUUCAAGUCGGUGGAACAGUGCGCCAUGAUCUCGAAAUCGGCAGGAGGCAUUGGACUGAACGUCCAUUGCAUCCGGGCCAAGGGCACCUCCAUCUGCGGCACGAAUGGCACCUCCAAUGGCCUGGUACCCAUGCUCAGGGUCUUCAACAAUGUGGCGCGUUAUGUGGAUCAGGGAGGCGGCAAGCGGCCCGGUGCCUUCGCCAUUUACCUAGAGCCCUGGCACUCGGACGUUUUCGAGUUCCUGGAACUCAAGAAGAACACCGGCAAGGAGGAGAAUCGCGCCCGCGAUCUGUUCUACGCCCUCUGGAUACCCGAUCUUUUCAUGAAACGCGUCGAGGCCAACGGGGACUGGUCGCUGAUGUGCCCGCACAAAUGCCCUGGCCUGCACGAUGUGUGGGGCGAUGAGUUCGAAAAGCUGUACACGCAAUACGAGCAGGAGGGCCGUGCGAACCGGACGGUCAAGGCUCAGUCCUUGUGGUUCGCCAUCAUUGAGUCGCAGGUGGAAACCGGCAAUCCAUACAUGCUGUUCAAGGAUUCGUGCAACAGAAAGAGCAACCAGCAGAAUGUUGGCACCAUCAAGUGCAGCAAUUUGUGCACAGAAAUCGUUGAGUAUUCCUCGCCGGACGAGAUUGCAGUGUGCAACCUGGCAUCCAUUGCCCUCAACAUGUUCGUCACGCCCGAGAAGACGUAUGAUUUCAAAAAACUCAAGGAAGUCACCAAGACGGUUACCAGAAAUCUCAACAAGAUAAUUGACAUCAACUUUUAUCCCCUGCCAGAGGCAAAGAAAUCCAACUUGAGGCAUCGUCCCGUGGGCAUCGGCGUUCAGGGUUUCGCUGACGCCCUGAUUCUCAUGCGAUUCCCAUACGAAAGCGAGGAAGCCGGUCUUUUGAAUCAGCAGAUAUUCGAAACCAUUUACUACGGCGCCUUGGAAGCCAGCUGUGAGCUGGCGCAGGUCGAUGGUCCCUAUGAAACCUACGAGGGCAGUCCCGUGAGCAAGGGAAUUCUGCAGUACGACAUGUGGGACAAGCAGCCAACGGACCUGUGGGACUGGCAGAAACUGAAGGAGUCCAUCAAGCAGCACGGUGUCAGGAACUCCCUGCUGGUUGCCCCCAUGCCCACGGCAUCCACAGCCCAAAUAAUGGGCAACAACGAAUCUUUCGAGCCCUACACAACUAACAUUUACACCAGACGAGUUCUGUCCGGUGAAUUCCAGGUGGUCAACCAUCAUUUGUUAAGGGACUUAACCGAGCUGGACUUGUGGGACGACGACAUGAAGAACCAGAUCAUAUCCAGCAGGGGUUCAAUCCAAAACAUCGAGGCCAUUCCCCAGAAGGUUCGCGAUCUCUACAAAACCGUGUGGGAAAUCUCCGUGAAGUCCACAAUUAAAAUGGCCGCAGAUCGUGGUGCGUUCAUCGACCAAAGUCAGUCGUUCAACAUUCAUGUGGCAGAGCCGAACUACGGCAAACUGACCUCCAUCCACUUUUACUCCUGGAAAGCUGGGCUCAAGACCGGCAUGUACUACCUGCGCACAAAGCCAGCUGCGAACGCCAUUCAGUUCACCGUGGAUAAGAAACAGAGUGCGUUGAAGAUAAAUGGCCAGAAUGGCACCUCUGAGCCAAUCCCCGAAAGCUACGAGUCGGACAGGGAGCGGAAAAUGGCCGAUAUGGUUUGUUCGCUGGAAAACAAGGACGCCUGCAUGUCCUGUGGAUCUUGAAAGCAUGCACAUAAAUUAACAUUUAUUUAAUUGUAUUUUGUAAUCACAACUUUGAAAUAAA